AAACAUGGUCGAUCGCGUGCCUCCAUAGACACCGAUAUAUCGGUCUGACCUAAUAUCCCUUUCGCUUCUCUUGCUGUCUCCCCGUCUUCUUGCGCUGCCGGCAGCGGCAAGCGGCGAGGAGCACGGCGUGGACGAUGGCACCAAGGCCCGCCUGGAUUCUCAAGGCUCCUCGGGUGAUUCUCGUUCUUGUAUUUCCCUUUAUUAGCUUUAUUUUGUAUUUAAUUCUUCUACUCGGCUGCAUCACCGACUCGCUGAGUACCAUCUCGCCCGUGGUGGUGAGAUCGAACGGCCCGGUCACGGUUGGCGGUUCAGCAGUCCGAGUCGACCUGCGGGUCGGGUUUUGGGGCGUCUGCUUUGGGCCUGCUCCUUUCGACUGCACUAGCAGUGUGAGCGUGUCUCGGUCAAAGUCAGCAAAUGAUGUUGCGAGGGAAAUCGCAAGCGAUCAUGGGGGAGGAAACGUAGCGCUGGCCAAUCUAGCGCUCGGGUUGCAGGCCAACUUUGCCAUGCUCAGCGGCAUCUUUCUGCUGAUUUUGUUGAUAGCCGACAUUAUUGCGAACCUGGUCCAGCUCUACUUCAACUCUCGGGGCACCGUCGUCGGCGAGCUGCACACCAAGGCAGCGCUGUGGGCUCGCAGCCUCGACUGGGCGGCGGCGGCAGGUGCCGUUACGUCUUUCACGUCCUACCAGACCCUCGUGUCGGUCACACCUAAUCUAAUCCGGGUGCUGUCGCCAACGCCGCUGACAAUCACGGUGGGGAUGAUGGCCUCCAAUCUGUUCGCGGCCGUCGUGGGGACGACGAUUGCAGGAGCAGCCGUCAACACGUUUUUAACAGCACGGGACGCCGCAUGGGACACUCGCCGGGCACUAAAGGCGAGAGGCCAGGGCCCGGGGGAAUCCCCUGGGGGCAUCGAGAUGGACACCUUCAAGCCCGUUUAUAGAGAGAGGCCUGCUUACGAGGUCUUUCCAUGAUAGAAUUCGAUUCAUUCUUUCGAGCCGGCACGGGCAUCUGCGUCGUCAGGCGCGGAAUGCCGAGAAGAACAACGAAGACUUUGCAAAGUAGAAAAGAGUCACAAGAUAUAUCCUAUAGCAUUAACGACGCUAAUGUCAAAUUGCAACCUAUGGUCGUUGAUACGUCUCUAGGGAUGUCAGGGGAUGGUUGUAUUGUAUGAAAUACACCGGACAACUUCUCAGCGGG